CCCAGGGGAGGGAGUUAGAGCUAGAACGCCAAUUACCAACCACAGGCUUCCUGCUGUGGGGAGCUGAUCCAGAAUUGUCUCUGGAAAGGAAGCGUGAGUCCUUCCUUCUUCUGAACUUCCCAAGUCCAUCCAUGAUUCAGAGAUACCGCCUUCUCCCUCUGGGAUUUUCUGUUUCUGGUAUUGAAUUGUUGUAUUUACUACUUUGUUGUCUUUCAAGAGCUGAUCAUUUAAUUUUCUGUACAGAAACUGGGGGAAAGGACUUUUGUUAGAUUUCGGAGAGGAUUUUGGAUCUUCUUUAAGCAUUUCCAGAGUCCUUGAGGACAGUAGCUCUCGUCCUGGAAUAAGUUUCUGCCUUUGACCUGCGUGGAUUGCUUUCUCAGGCUUCGGAAUUUCUCGGCACCUACCUGUAGUGCGUGCACUUGUCUGACUGCAGAGUGAGAAGGUGGAGGAAAACUGAGCUGCACUGGGUUAAGCAGCUCAGAUCUUUUAAAAGCAGGAUUUAUAAAAGCAUAAUUGAAUUUGUUUCACCCCCGUGGAUUCCAGUGGGCCCGACAGCGCAACAGGAAUGCCCCCUGUGCUUGGGAAUACACUGUAGAGACAGGAAGGACCAGAGCUCUGACUUGGCUUUCGGAAACUGAAGCACAGCGUCUUUCCCCUCCAUUUUCUGGAUCUGAGAACCUGCCUUCGGGAUGAGCUAGUGGAAGCAGUAUGCAUGGCCGAAGAGCAUUGGUGCAGCUGGUAGCAUGAGUGGCAGCCAGCAGCUGCAGCUGGCUGCCCUCUGGCCCUGGCUGCUGAUGGCUACCCUGCAUGCAGGCUUUGGACGCACAGGACCCGUGCUGGCAGCAGCGGUGGAGUCUGAGAGAUCAGCAGAACAGAAAGCUAUUAUCAGAGUGAUUCCCCUGAAAAUGGACCCCACAGGAAAACUGAAUCUCACUUUGGAAGGUGUGUUUGCUGGUGUUGCAGAAGUAACUCCAGCGGAAGGGAAAUUAAUGCAGUCCCACCCGCUGUACCUGUGCAAUGCCAGUGACGACGACAACCUGGAGCCUGGCUUCAUCAGCAUCGUCAAGCUGGAGAGUCCUCGAAGGGCUCCUCGGCCCUGCCUGUCACUGGCCAGUAAGGCCCGAAUGGCUGGCGAGCGUGGAGCUAGUGCGGUGCUCUUUGACAUCACCGAGGAUCGAUCAGCAGCUGAGCAGCUGCAGCAGCCGCUGGGACUGACUUGGCCAGUGGUGCUGAUCUGGGGUAAGGAUGCUGAGAAGCUGAUGGAGUUUGUGUACAAGAACCGGAAGGCCCAUGUGAGGAUUGAGCUGAAGGAGCCCCCGGCGUGGCCAGAUUAUGACGUGUGGAUCCUCCUGACUGUGGUGGGCACCAUCUUCGUGAUCGUCCUGGCUUCAGUGCUGCGCAUCAGGUGUCGCCCCCACCGUAGCAGACAGGACCCUCUUCAGCAACGGACAGCCUGGGCCAUCAGCCAGCUGGCCACCAGGAGGUACCAAGCCAGCUGUAGGCGGGUGCGAGCCGAGUGGCCAGACUCAGCGAGUAGCUGCAGCUCAGCCCCUAUGUGUGCCAUCUGCCUGGAGGAGUUCUCAGAGGGGCAGGAGCUCCGGGUCAUUUCCUGCCUCCAUGAGUUCCACCGUACCUGCGUGGACCCCUGGCUACACCAGCAUCGGACUUGCCCCCUCUGCAUGUUCAACAUCGUAGAAGGAGAUUCAUUUCCCCAGGGCCUGGGGGCCUCUCCAUCUUACCAGGAACCAGGCAGGAGGCUCCACCUCAUUCGCCAGCAUCCUGGCCAUGCCCACUAUCAUCUCCCCUCUGCCUACCUGUUGGGACCUUCCAGGAAUUCAGGGGCCAUCCCCCCAAGACCUAGGCCCUUCCUGCCCUCCCAGGAGCCGAGAAUGGGCUCUCGGCAUCAACGCCUCCCCAGGGCUUCACAUCUCCGUGCCCCAGAAGAACAGCAGCACCUGGCAGUACCUCAGCACCCCUACGCGCAGGGCUGGGGGCUGAGGCGCCUCCGAUGUACCUCUCAGCACCCCACAGCUUGCCCAGCGGCCCUGCGUCGGGCCAGGCCUCAUGACAGCAGCGGAUCUGGAGAAAGCUACUGUACAGAACGCAGCGGCUACCUGGCAGAUGGGCCAGCCAGUGACUCCAGCUCAGGGCCCUGCCAUGGCUCUUCCAGUGACUCAGUGGUCAACUGCACAGACAUCAGCCUGCAGGGCAUCCAUGGCAGCAGUUCGACCUUCCACAGCUCCCUGAGCAGUGACUUUGACCCCUUGGUGUACUGCAGCCCCGAAGGGGAUCUCCGAGGGAAAAGAACGCAACAUAGGAUGACCUCUCGACCCCGUUCCCUGGAGUCAGUGGUACCCACUGGGGAGACUCGGGUUUCCAGCCACAUCCACUAUCACCGCCACGGCCACCACCACUACAAAAAGCGGUUCCAGUGGCAUGGCAGGAAGCCUGGCCCAGAAAAUGUCCCUCAGCCCAGGCCUACUGCUCCUCAGACUCAGCUCCAACCGGAGCCAUCUAUCUUGGACCCCAAGUCGACCACGCCCAACCCAGCAGCUUCUUCAGUGCUCCCCAACACACACCGGCCCAGGUCCCUUACAGAGCCAGCUCCUGGCCUAGCAGAAGCUGCCAGCCCCAACCCCAAUUCCAACCCCAACAGUCUUUUGAACUUGCAGAAAUCCAGCCUCCCUGUCCGACACCCACAGAGAAAACGGCGGGGUGGCCUCUCAGAACCCUUGCCAACCUCUCGGCCCCAAGACUUGACUGUGCACCCAGCUUGCCAGGUUUUCCCCGGUUACAGCCCCAGCCUAGCAUACCCUUGGCCCCCAGAGGCUCAUCCAUUGAUCUUCAGACCUCCAGGCCUGGACAAGAGGCUGCUGUAUGAAGCCCCAAGCCCCUGUUACUCACGGUCGCAGCCAGUGUGGUUGUAUCUGCCCCCCCGCCAGCCUCUGGGACCAUGCUCUCCUGGAGAGGGACAUUCCGAGUGGAGUUCUGACAUGCCAGAGGGAAGAUCAUGCCCUUAUCCACACUGCCAGGUGCUACCAGCCCAGCCUGGCUCGGAGGAGGAGCUUGAGGAGCUCUGUGAACAAGCGGUGUGAUGUGAGAUGACCAGACAUAGCUCCAACCACGGGUGUGCUCCAGACGACUCAGGGUUCUACCCGGCACAGGGUUCUGCUCCUGGGAGAAGCCAGGGCCUCAGCAAGCCUCUCUUUUUGCCGCACUUCCUGGGACCACCGGAAGAAGAGUGGUGAUGGUGGAUGGCGGGAGGUGCUGCUCUCUGCCCCUAGCUCCCAGGCUUGUCUGCAGAACACACCCACUGUGCAAAGGUCCUGUGUCCAGCCAGACCGCCAGCCACGAUGCAGUUGUGGGGUGGGUCUCUAAAGGCUGAGUUUUUGACAGGAAGCUAGGGUGAAUGUCUAGGUGUCCUCAAGGUGCUGCUUUCCCCAGCCCAGCUGGGUCUCCUGCUGGGUCUCCUUUGCUCCAGGCCUCUGGUUCACACAAGCCAAUGGGCUCGGCUGAGGGCAUGGCUGUCAAGGCUUCACAGGGGCGACUUCAGCUUGAUCAGUCCCCGUCUUCACACAAGAACAAGGGGAUUUGGUGAGCCCCUGUCCUUAGGGAGGUCUCUGCACCUUCUCCAGCCAGUGCCUGCCCUGGUGCUCAGGGAGGAGUAGUCUCCUUCCCUGUUCUUAAACUGAUCUUAAGUUGCAGGCUUCGGGAGCCAGGGUGUAGAGUUCGGUCCCAGAGGUGGGGACUUUUGACAAACCUGGGAUGAAUCUUUUGAUUAUCAAACUCCGCGUCACUCCAGCAACUCCAGUUCCUCUGAGGUAGAGAGCAGGAAGAGAGAGAACAACUCCUCCUGGAAGCUCUCCUGUCUCUAAGUCCCACAGCAGGCAGAGAGGAAACUGACCACCUGGGAAGAGGGAGAGGAUGAGAUGAAGGCAGGGAAAGCAAAAUCACAGCUGAGCAAGGGCAGAAUUUCUCUCAGAGUGAUUCUCAAAGAUGGAGCAUGUGGCCUCGUGGGUUUGCAGGGCCCAGAGGCCCACCUUCCCAGUGCAAGCCGUACAACCCAACAGAAGGUGUACACGUGGAAUCAGAGCAACAGGUUGGCCUGGGCCGCUUGUACCAAGUGGACAAGGGCUGAGGGGCCUCCUGUAGCUCUUCAUCCCAGGGCUUCCUGACCAUUGUUAGCCCCUCAGGCAUUAUCCUUGCCUGGAAUGUGAAUGUGGGGGCAAAAUGGGCAUGGGAUCCUACUUGGGAACCUUGUCUCCUCAGAGUCAAUGAGGAGACUGGCACCCAGGCACCCACAUAGGUAUUUAUAUCUGAACCAGACAGAAAGAUGCUUGAAUCAGGCACUAUGUUGAGAAAUGUAUUUAUUUGCUAAUAUAUUUAUCCAUAAAUAUGA